GCUUUUUACUUAAGUACGACUAGGUGCUUCGGACACAGGUGCCAUGUCGUCUGAUCCCAAGUUCAUCUCAAAUCUUUCCCAUGGAGAUGGAUAUACAUGCCUGGCAUUUUCAAAAGAUGGAUCGCGCGUUUUUACUGGAGGUUCAGACUGUGUGGUUCGGAUUUGGAAGGCGAAGGAUGGAGACGAUCAAGAGCCAGCGACCGCGAUAGACGCAGAUGAUGGAAUCACGUCGAUUUCAACUACUGACGAUACUUGGCUCUCCGCAAGUAAGGACUCGGAAGUUCGGUCAUAUCAGAGGGAUAAGGGAGAGAUGUCUGGUGCUGUUACAAGAGUAGAUUCGGUCCCGGUCCGAUGCAUAGCAAUUGAUCCAAAGGGAAAGCGGGUUGCUGUUUGCUCCGAUGAGCUGCACCUGAAAGUGGUUGAUUUGGAGGACAACAUCAAAGUUUCGCUGCUACACGGACAUAAAAAGGGCGCGCGAAAAGUGACCUGGCAUCCGACCGAAACUCUCCUUACUUCCUCUGGCUCAGAUGGACGAAUCAUUGUCUGGGAUAUCUCAAGAGACGAACCAACCAUGGUAUCAACGAUAGAGGAUAUAAUACCUGCGGUUUCCGAAGACUCCCAUCAAUUCAAUUAUGACUGCUCCGCCAUAUGGCACCCAUCUGGAGAAUACUUUUUUGCAGUCUCUCGAGCACAUGACAUCGUAACGAUAUCUCGGGAGACAUGGACAAAACAAUUCACUUUCUCCAGUAAAGACAUGCAAGGCGACAUCACAGCAUUUUGCCUUUCUCCCAACGGUUUAUACCUUGCGUCAGUUUGUCAGUCACAUAUUUACGUAUGGUCGACACAAUCCAAACAAGUUCUCUUCAGGGAACACGUAAGCGGUGCCACAGUACUUCAAAUCGCUUUCUCGCCUUGCGAUAACACCCUCGCAUGGACAGACGCAGCAGGUGGUUUUCAUCGAUGGAGAAAUCCAAUCCCCAGCAACUUGAUACAUCCCUCGAAACGAAUUACUCUCAAAAACAUUGUCAUUGAGAACCAAAAUCCAGAUUUAUUCGGCGCAGAGAUCUCUACGGCUCCCGAGGAGAAAGGCGAUGAUGUCGAAGAUCCUGUUGCCGAGGUCGGCGAAAUGGAGAUUGACGAUGAUUUCUUGAUAGAUGACUAUGAAGGAAACGACAUGGCGAAUGAGAAAGGGGUCACAGAUGGCACCAGAUUUGUGAAAGAAAUGGUCAGUAUCACGAAAGCUCAACCCGCCUUCCAGCCAGGAUCUACGCCAAUGGUUUCAAAGAAGAGGUACUUGGCUUAUAACAUGCUUGGUGUCAUCGAGGCCACGGACCUGGAUUCCCAUCAGAUAAUUAACGUUGAAUUCUUUGACAAGUCAACGCGCAAAAGCUUCCAUUUCACCGAUUAUAACAGAUAUAAUAUGGGGUAUCUUGGCGAAAGGGGAGCUGCGUUUGCCUGCCCUCCCGAAGCGGAUCAUUCUGCUCAUGUACAAUAUCGGCCUUACGGGUCGUGGAAUCUACCUCAAGGAUGGACUUAUAACCUACAAAAGGGCUGCAGAGUACUUGGUGUUACUGCCGGGGGAGUUUCGCCGUCGAGGAGCCUCAAGCAGAACUCCGAUGACGACCUUCAAGGCUUUGGAAACGUCGUAGUAGCGAGCUCGGAUGGUGACCUUACUUUCCUCAGUGGAACGGGAAGGGAGAGACGGAUCUUGGCGUUGGGCGGGGAUUUUAUGUCAAUGGUGGCUGGUACCGAAUGGGUUUUCGUCGCUCAUCGCACCGGUUCAACAACCAUGGAUGGCUCGCAAGCACUAUCCUACUCGAUGAUCAAUUUCGACGAUUUCAGUACGCGUCAGAGGGACGCUUUGCCGAUACCAAAAGGACAUACACUUGAAUGGAUAGGAAUUAGCGAAGAAGGGGCUCCAGUUAUAUAUGACUCUGCCGGUCGACUCCAUAUUCUAUCCAAGCACAGGGUCCCUCAUCACGGCUCAUGGAGCCGCAUAUUGGACUCAAACACGUUAGAAAGAAAAGUAGGCAAGGACGAGUCUUAUUGGCCUGUGGGAGUUACGGGAAACACCUUUAUGUGCUUGAUUUUAAAGGGAAGGCAAAGAUAUCCUGGUUUUCCAAGACCUCUGGUUCAAGAGCUACCUAUACGGAUGCCCUUCAGGCAGGAGGGCGUUACGGAAGAAAGAGUAGAGCGCGAGCUCUUAUUCGUUGAUAUGGCCCUAGACGCUCUUGAUGAAGAGCUCACUACGGUGGACAUUACGACCAGAGAGCGUUCGAUAGACAAAGAAUUUAUUCAGCUCAUACAAGGCGCGUGCAAGGAGGAAAACAUCGCCCGUGCGAUCGAACUCGCAAAACUCCUUCACAACAUCUCGUCAUUAGACGCAGCUAUCCAGCUAGCUGGUUUUUAUAACAUGCAUGGGUUGAAAGAGAAAUUCAAAUUAUUGAAAGCCGACCGUGAGGAAAACAAUGACCGAUUGGAAGUUGCCCGGGAAAAAAGGCGAAGAUGGAUGAGGGUCGAUCCACCUGUGCGGAAGCUGGCCAGUCUGGAAAGCACUACUACGCAUAUAUUUUCAAACCCGUUACAGGACUUUGGUCCACCUCCUGCAAUCUCUAGACCGGGCUUAUCACGAGCUGCACCAGUGGCCGAGAAUACGCGACGUUCAUCAAAAACGGUGACAUCCUCCGAAGAGACUUUUUCAGACCAGCUGCAGGUCGAUGCGAAACGAAAACGACCGGAGGAAGAUCUCGCCGAUGAUAUGGACACGGAAUUCUCCAUGCCACUACUUAAACAAAAGCCAAACCCAUUUGUUGCGAAGACUAAGAGCAGUCGCAACCCCUUUGCCGCCCAUAAGAAUGAGAGGAAGACGGUUCAUAAGAGCGAAAGCUUCUUCGAUAAAGUUGACGCGGCCCAGACGCAACCCUCAAAAACGAAAGUGAUACCAAAAGGGAAAAACCAAGAGAAGAAGGAGGGUCCUCGCCAAACAACCUUGUUUGGUAUGAUUGGGAACGCCAACGAGGCACAAAAGGGCAAAACUGCGAACAAAUCUAUGCCUGUCGAAAUUGAGUCUCAGCAAACCGACGUCACGAUGGACGAUACUACAUUCAACGUGGAAACCCAGCGACUCAGCCCCGAGUGGGAUGAGACCCAGAUAGAGGAGGCGCAGAUUUCCUAA